GGCGGGCCAUUCUCAGCUUCUCCUUCGCUCUUUGGCACCAAUGUCGGAGGUGUUUGUGCCUGGAAGAAAUGGACUCUGGCAAUGCACGAAUUUGAUCAUUCAGAGAUCCGAUCAGCUGAGUCUGUGAAUGGCGCCAAAACAGGACCCUAAACCUAAAUUUCAAGAAGGUGAAAGAGUCCUGUGCUUUCAUGGGCCACUGCUCUAUGAGGCAAAGUGUGUAAAGAUCAACAUAAAGGACAAACAGAUUAAAUACUUCAUUCAUUACAGCGGAUGGAACAAAAACUGGGAUGAAUGGGUUCCUGAAAGCAGAGUUCUCAAAUAUGUGGACAGCAACCUUGCGAAACAAAAAGAGCUUCAAAAGGCCAAUCAGGACCAUUAUGUUGAGGGAAAGAUGAGGGGUUUAGCACCAAGCAAGAAGAUUGCUGCUGUGCAGCAGAAAAAUGUUGAUCUGAAAGUGAAAAAGGCAAAGCAGAAGACCCCGGGGCCGGGUGAAGGCACCAGCAGCGGAGAAACGCCGCAGGGACCACGGAAGAAGAGGGCUCGGGUUGAUCCCACUGUGGAGAGUGAGGAGAUGUUCACCAACCGUGUGGAGGUGAAGGUGAAGAUCCCUGAAGAGCUGAAACCCUGGCUAGUGGAUGACUGGGACCUCAUCACCCGACAGAAACAGUUAUUUCAUCUGCCUGCUAAGAAGAAUGUUGAGACCGUCUUGGAGGACUAUGCAAACUACAAGAAAUCAAAAGGAAACUCGGACAAUAAAGAGUACGCAGUAAAUGAGGUGGUGGCGGGGAUUCGGGAAUACUUUAACGUCAUGCUGGGCACUCAGCUGCUUUAUAAGUUCGAGAGACCGCAGUAUGCUGAGAUACUGACUGAACACCCAGACAUGCCGAUGUCCCAGGUGUACGGAGCUCCACACUUGCUACGCCUAUUUGUUCGUAUUGGAGCCAUGCUGGCCUACACUCCACUGGACGAGAAGAGCCUGGCUUUGCUGCUCAGUUACCUCCAAGAUUUCCUCAAGUACCUGGUGAAGAAUUCAUCCACCCUCUUCAGUGCCACCGAUUAUGAGGUCGCGCCUCCAGAGUACCACCGCAAGGCCGUGUGAGAGCUCUCAGCACGCAGCGCUCCUGUCGAUGCUCAUCUCCCACGCCACAUGUAAAAUAACCAUUACCAUCCUUUUGAGUGCAGACUUGGAUGAGAUUUUUCACUUGAACUGAUUCACUUCCUCCGUAAAGGUCUCCGGAGCUUGUCUCAGUUCAGAAGUAAAAAAAAUACAUAAAUGAGGAAAUCUUUUUGAAGCAGAAAUGCUCCUCUUUUCUCCCUCUGUCCUUUUUGCUCUCUUAUUUGAAAAAUACACAUGAAAAAAAUGUAUUUUCUGUCGACGAGUUUCUGUUUCCACAAACAGCUCUUUGGUGUUUUUGUGCAUUCCACCUGAUAGAUAUUUGUUACUGUUGCAUGUGUGUAUUUAUUAGUGUUUCUUCUGCCACAUGAGGUGCAGUGUAAUGCUGGACGACACGCUCAGCACUCAGCAGUUGAUGUUUUUGUAUCUGUAUCUUGUGCAUUUGUAUCAAUUUGUAAAAAAAAAAAAAAAAAGUUUCUACACAA